GCCUCUCGAGAUAUUGCCAUCCGCAGCCGGCAUGAAUCCAAAUGGGCCUGCACGCCCACACUGUCACUCACCUGGUGGAAACCCCCCUAUGUACGCAUACCAAUAUGAGUAUCUGAUACGGUCAAUGUCGGCUUUGAGAGCUCCAGGGCUGCUCGUGUUUCCUAGAAAUCCGAAUGCUCUGCCUGUAAACCUGUAUAAACAGCGGAGUCUAAUAGAUUUUGACUACUGGGCUGCCGUCAAUGAUACGCUGAGACAAAAAGGCGCGGUUCUUCCGUAUGACUUCGCAGUGAUCUGCUCAACUCCAGGGCACCAACGAUGCAAAUCGCUGAAGCAGAAGAAAGGCACCAAUAUCACAACCGUAGUGCUUAAGAAUCAGGCAAAAAUAGGUACUCACCCUUUAAGCUCCGAUACACCAAUGAAGAAUGCGAAACAGGUCAGUGCCGAGUCCAGAGUGGAGCAGUCAAAGAGUGUCGAGAUUUUCGGCGUAACCAGUCAUGAAGAGCCAUUGCAGACCUUGUUCGAGACGGAUCUGGAAACCGCUACAAACUGCACAGAAUAUGAGAAGGGCCAGAACGCGGCAUGUUUGAUGCCGGCAGAUAUGCCUGGGGAGAGAGUGUUGAACUGGGUGGAAAUAUUCGAUAAUCUGAGUAGCAUCACCUGGCAAACCGGUACCCAAGUUUGGGUUGGGUCAUUUGUCGUUGUCUGCAUGCGGUGUCUGCGGGGAACUUGUCAAGGCCGACAUCCGUACCCUCGGACGAUAGAAGUCACGACGCAUGGUAGUGAGGGCGCACCAAGCUCAGACAACCGGGUGCAUUGGAUGCAGUGGUCACACUCGGUUUCUAUUCACUCGGGAAUGUCGCAGCUGGAUCCCCUGAUCUGGAAUCUACCGACGUGUCGAUAG